GAAGAGAAAAGCAUUGCUAGUCUGGUAAUAACUAAUUCUCACAUAGGACUGGAGAAGAGAAAGAAAGCCAUAGCUUGGAUUGCUGAGAGGAGCACAAACUCAAGAAGUCUACAAAAGGAAGAGAAUUGGUUGAUCAUACUUGAAAAGUCAUUGUGAGAGGGAGGAUUGUAAUGGAUUACAACACAGAUAUUAUCCGGGACAAUAAUCCUAUGGACAAUUUGGAAAAACAGCUUAUUUGCCCUAUCUGUCUAGAAAUGUUUAAUAAACCUGUGGUGAUCCUGCCAUGCCAGCAUAACCUGUGCAGAAAGUGUGCCAAUGAUGUAUUUCAGGCUGGUAACCCAUACUGGCCCACACGAACUUCAGUAUCUGGGGGUCGAUUUCGCUGCCCAACCUGUCGCCAUGAAGUAAUCUUGGACCGUCAUGGCGUGUAUGGCUUGCAGAGAAAUCUACUUGUAGAAAACAUAAUAGAAGUAUACAAACAAGAUUAUACCAGCCGACCUGAGAAAAAGGAAAAUCACCCAAUGUGUGAGAAGCAUGAAGAUGAGAAAAUAAAUAUCUAUUGUUUAAGCUGUGAAGUACCUACUUGCUCAAUGUGCAAAGUGUUUGGUGCUCACAAAGACUGUGAUGUGUCUCCCCUCCAGAGUGUUUAUCAGUCCCAGAAGACAGAACUCAGUAGUUGUAUAUCGAUGUUGGUAGCUGCCAAUGACAGAAUCCAAUGUAUACUCAGUCAGCUUGAAGAGUCAUGCAAAACUGUACAGAAAAACAGCCAAAAAAGAAAGGUGUCUGUGAAUGAAGCAUUUGAAGUUUUGAGCAGGAUCUUAGAAGAGACAAAAGCACAUCUUACUCAGAGGAUUUCAGAAGCUGAGGAGGAGAAGCUGAAUUUUGUGCGUUCUCUUGUACACAACUACCAAGAACAACUCCAGUCUUCCUCAAAUCUGUUGCAGAAUGCCUUCCAGGCCAUGGAACAUUCUGGAGCUGCUAACUUCCUGCUUAACUCCAAGCAGUUGAUUAAAACGAUAAUGGAAGCAUCUAAAGGCUGUCAAUUGGAAAAAACAGAUCCUGGGUUUGAGAAUAUGGACCAGUUCAUGCUGGAUGUGGAGCAAGUCAGUCAUUUCUUGAAAAGCAUAGAUUUCAGCCCAGGCUGUGAAGAUGAGGAAGACGACAUGGAGGAGUAUGAAGAAACAGAAGAGGAUAGGCCUGAGGUGCAUAGAGACCGUGUGAAAACCCCAUAAGAAGGAGGGAGAGGACCGUGUGCUAUUAUCUCAAUGAAAGGCGGAAAAUUAAGAAAAUCACAUGCGCCUGUUUGAAGGAGAGCCUGCAGGCAAAUAACUCAGGACUGCUGCUAUUAAUCAGGGAACCUAUAUUUAGGUCACUGUGAUCAGGGUGUAUAUAUUUGUCAAAUUAAUGUAUAUGCUGAUUGGUGAUGUGACUGAAUUUGGCUAGUUCACAGGUUUCAGGGAAUCCUGUCUGGAGGACAGGAUGAGGGGCUCACCAAUUUGUUAAUCUCAAUCUGUUGUGAUGUAGAUUCAUUCAUUUUUAUUGCACCUAAAUAAAACUGUUUUUAGUGUU